GUGUGGAACAGGAGUCACUGCUGCAUGAAGCCCUAGACUCCGACCGGACCGAACCGCACCGCACACACGUGUGUGUUUUUACCCACAUUUGGAUUUAAACACUGGGAAUUCUGCAACCCUCCUGCUCACAUCUGCGUGUGUGGAGACAGAGCAUUGUAUUUUUAGAUGCUCUAAGCGGAACCAAAUACCCCCCAUAGUGCUGACUCCUCCCACCCCACCCCCCGCUCCUCGACAGACGGACGGCAUUCCAAACGGUCGCAGCACAGGACCAAGAGCUUCCUCACACACCCACCCACACACACCCACACACACACACACACUCUGGUUGAUUUUAAAAAAUCUAUUUCUUCCACUGGACUCUUUAAAUGAUGGAAAUAUUUUGUCCAUUUUUGUGGAGUCAGAUGGAUUGAGCUCUGCUGCAUUGAACCCUGCUGGUUGAGCCCUGCUGGAUUGAGCCCUGCUGGACGCAGUGAGCUCCAAUGCUGUGCCCCUGUAUGCUGUUUGUUUUUUUCUUUUGGAGCAACAGUCUGAUGUGGAUACUGCAGCAAUCUGGUCUGGACUUUAACAUGGAGGGCAUGUGGACCCAGAGGAGAUACAGCCCCUGAGCUACGACUGCUGCCACCACCACUGCUACUGCUGUGAUACUACUGAGAUGCUCAUGCCUCGUGAGGGCGGGAGGGAUGAAGCUCAGAAGCUGCACAGAAAAUGGAUGAAACAUCAGGCCUUCAUGGCCGAACUGGCUCACAAUAAAGAAUGGCUGGCCAAGAUUGAACAGGAGGGGGAGGAACUGAUCCAGGAGCAGCCUGAACUGCGUGCUGUGGUCCAGCAGAAACUGCAGGAAAUGCGUGAGUGCUGGACCCAGCUGGAGAGCACCACCAAGGCAAAGGCACGGCAGCUCUUUGACAUGCAGAACCACCGCACGGUGGAGCCGGGCCCGCCGAGCCUGUGUGUGCUGGACCAGCACCUGUCUGUAUUACAGAACGAGCCGCCGGUGCCAGGCACCUCACUCAGCAUGCACGGCGUGCCAGCCACACCCACCACACCCACCACCCUCCUAUCUCCGUGCACCACCUUCAGCCAGCAGCUCCAGAGGAUACAAUCGAUGGAGGCUCAGAUGCAACAAUAUCAGGGUGUAGCAGAGCUGAGGGGCGGGGCCAGUGUCAGUGGGCUGAGUAAUUUGGGCGGGGCUCGGCUUCUGCAGCGUGGCCCAAUAGGAGUUCAAGAUGAGGACAGAGGGGGCAUGGCUGAGACACGAAUCUGCCGUUUGAUUGAACCUCUGAAGGAAAGAAGGCGGAUCCUUCUGGCCUCUAAAGAAAUGCACCAAGUCACACAGGAGCUGGAAGACGAGAUUGUUUGGAUUCAGGAGCGCCUGCCUAUAGCCUCCUCUAAGGAAUAUGGGACUAACCUACAGAAUGUUCAGCAGCUUGUGAAAAACCAUGAGGUUUUGCAGCUGGAAAUGCAAGCUCAAAGGGGACGGCUUGAGGAAAUCCUAGAGCGGGCGGAGAAUGUUGCUGCCCUCCGAACUCCAGAGGCGGAGCUUGUGAGAGAGGGGGCGGUACAUGUGAGGCAGCUUUGGGAGAUGCUCCAGGUGGAGGCGGAGCGUCGUACUCUAAUGCUGGAUGCAGUAAGCUACGCCCAGCAGUAUUACACAGAGGCUUCUAAGGCAGAGUCUUGGCUGAGUGGACAGAAACUCCAUGUUCUCAACCAGGAGAAUGGCAACGAUGAGGCAAGCACUCUGAGGUUGCUGAAGGAACAGUUGGCUUUGGAGCAGAAGGUGGAGAAUUACGCAGAGACAGUGACCUUCCUGUCUCAGCAAUGCCACCGCAUGCUAGAGCAAGGACACCCUGACAGUGAGCAGAUCACCAAGCAGCAGGCGCACAUCGACCGGCUCUAUGUCUCACUGAAGGACCUGGUGGAGCAGAAGAAAGCCAAGCUGGAGCAGCAGUACUGGCUGUACCAGCUCAAACAGGAGGUGGACGCACUUGAGAAGUGGAUCUCAGAGAGGGAGGCUGUGGCUAGCUCCACUGAGCUCGGACAGAACCUGGAGCAUGUGACAGUGCUGCAGGAUACAUUCAUUGAGUUCCGUGAGGAGACGAGCUCAGCAGGCCAGCGGCAGAUGGACUCUGUCAACAAGAUGGUGAACGAGAUGAUUGACUGUGGACACGCAGACGCUGCCAUCAUCGCAGAGUGGAAGGAUGGCCUGAAUGAGUCGUGGGCAGAUCUGCUGGAGAUCAUGGAGACAAGGGGGCAGAUGCUCACUGCAUCACACCAGCUUCACAGGUUCUUCACCGACUGCCAAGAGGUGCUAGUGCAGAUUGAGGGGAAGAUGAGGCAAUUACCAGAGAUGCGUUCGUGUCAGGUGAGCACAGCCAACCCAGGAACACUGCAGAGACUCCUGCACAACUACGAACACUCCCUGCAGUUGCUGGUGUCACAGGUGCGACAGCUACAGGAGAAUGCAGCGCAGCUCCGUGCGAUCUACGCGGGGGAAAAAGCUGACGCCAUCUUAGCCCGGGAACAGGAAGUGAUGCAAGCAUGGAAAGACCUGCUGGUGGCAUGCGAGGGCAGUCGUGUGCAGGUUACCACAGUAACGGACAAAAUCCAGUUCUUUGCAGUGGUGCGUGAGCUCAGCAUGUGGACAGACGGUAUCAUGGGACAGAUGGGGAGUACUGAGGAAACAAGGGAUCUGUCAGUCCUGGAUGGUUUGAUUUCACAGCACCAGACUCUGAAGAGUAAGAUUGACAACAAGACCAGCAGUUUCACACAGUGUGUAGAGAUGGGAAAGGUGCUACUGGCAGCACACAACCCUGCAGCAGAGGAGGUGAAGGAGAAGUUGGAUUAUGUGAUGGUGAAGCAGAAAGAGCUGAAUGACAAGUGGGAGCAGAACUGGGAAAAACUUCAGCGCAUUCAACAAAGCCUAGAGUCAUCUGUUCCAAACAUGGUCGAGCCUGUGUGGCUCUCAUUGAAGGAGCCAAUCAGCAGUGGCCAUGAGGCAGAAGGUGGGACUACUGAUGAGGUCGAGCAGCUGAUUCGUCGUCAUGAGGCAUUCCGCAAGGCUGCAGCCAAAUGGAAAGAACACUUUAGCAGCUUACGGCAGGCAGAGAAACUGAAGUCGGAGCAGAGUAAGGCACCUGCCUCCUCAUCUCUCCUCAACAGACAGAUGUUCCCUCUCUCCUGCCUGGUGCCUAGCUCUUCUUCCUCAUCCUCUUCCUCCUCUCUGUUCCGGAACCCUCUGCAGGACACACUUCUCGAAUCCAAGGCUGUUUCAGACCUUUCACACACUGUGGUGCAUACAGCCACACACCCACUCACCCAGAGGAUCUCCUCUGUUGUAAAUCGAUACUCACCAAUCAUGAAUGGCUCCCCUUACCAUGGGCUGAACCAACAAGUCAGUGUUUUGGGGACAAACACCUCCAGUUUUGCUGGAAUAAACCAACAGGGUAUUUUAGGGGUGGACAGCUCUAGUUACACUGGGCUAAACCAACAGAUUGUCAUGGGUGCUGAGGGCUCUAGCUCCCAUGCUAUGAACCAUCUUGGAACUGUGGGGGUGACUGAACCCAAAACGUCAUAUGGCUGGCAGCACCUAAAGUCUGACUUCCUCCAAUCCAACGUAAACCACGUCCACAGGGCGGUGGUGGCCCUGGGUGGGGCAGUGGAGGGCCCGGGACCCUCGGUGUGCAUGGACCCUUCGUUGGAGAUGAUCCACAGCCGUCUGCAGAGGGACCCACGAGGCAGCCGUUCGGACCCCCAAAUGGACCACCUGCGGCGGGAGAGGGAGUACCGGCUUGGCCGACAGACCUCCAGUGAGCAGGAGAUCCAGGCCAGGCUCAACGAGCUGCCACUCAUCGUAAGACAGGAGCGGUACCGGCGCCGACUGGAGAGACAGUCGUCCAGUGAGCAUGAGGGCAGUGGCAAGCACAGACUACAGAGGCAAGAUUCCAGUGAUCAGGAGGAAGGGUCAGACAAAAGACAAGGAGAGAGGUGCAUGACCAUGGCUGAGGUGGUGGAUCAAGUCCAGGAACGAGAAGCCUGCCUUGCAAGGGGGGAGGUGUAUCGCCCCCCAAGUAGCCUUUCUGCCCCUGUCACCCGCCUCGAUCGCCCUCGAGCUCGUGAUCGUCCUAAGCCGCGGCGGCGGCCACGACCCAAAGAGCCAGAGGAGACACGGCGUUCUCGAUCUGCUCCGGCUCAGAGCGCCCCAAGCCUGCCCCAGCACCCCAUGCACACAAUCCACCAUGAGGGCUUCCUCUACUGCAAGCACAGGGAGGAGACUGGCACAGAGAGUAGCCCUAACAGGUCGUGGAUGAACCUGUUGUGUGUGCUAAACAAGGGAGAGAUUGUUUUCUACAAGGACAUCAAGAACAAGAACAAGAUGAUCUCUUACGAGGACGAGCCCCCAAUCAAUCUGGCUGUCUGCACCGUCGACACCACCAACGGCUACAAGAAGAAGAAGAACGUCUUCAUCCUCAAGACUGAAACUGAAGGCGAUUAUAUUUUCCUGGCUAAAGACGAGGAGGAACAUAAAGCCUGGGUGAACAGUAUAAAUGCCAGCCUGGAGGAGAUAGAGGAGAUCACUAAGUGGGAGAAACCUACCACCUCCUCCACUGACCCCGACAAAUCAGAACGCAAGGAGUGUUCAGAGGGGGCGGAGCCAUCUGAAGGGGCGGAGAGAUCUGAGAAGUCUGAACGGUCUGAGAGAUCAGACAAAGGAGAGCGGUCCGACAAAAGUUCAGAAAAGAGAGAUACACUGGAGAGAGAGAGAGUGGAAAGACGAGAGCAAGACAGGGGAGAGAGAAGAGAGCGAGACAGAGGA